AUGUUCAAAAAGAACAUCAUCAAUUUAUACAAAUGCACAUCACUUAUAAAACAACAACCUCUAAAUGAGAUUCUUUAACUUAAGAAAUAUACCUAAAAGCAAUAUCUAAAACAUCCAAAACCUCACAAAAUCUAUCCUGGCUCUUUAGAAGAUCUUUACUUUAAAUUUCAUUGUUAUGGCUCUAAUAUGACAUUUGAUGAUCAAAUGGAUAUUCUUUAGAACAUGGUUAAUCAAAAUAGUGAAUUCAAAAUUCUAUCACUUAAUGGUGUAUAAUCAAUAAUUAGUUCAUUAACUAAAGAACUUACAAGUCUAAAUUACACAGACACUGAUGGUAAAUCUCGCUCUUUUUAUUUAUAGAAUAUAACAUUUCCUAAUUUAUCAAUAUACUUCAUUAGAUUAAGUAUUAUGACUAAAAAUCUUGGAUUGCAGCCAUGGACAAUUACCAUAAAUAAGGUGUUGCCUUUUUGCAUGAAAUAUGGCAUUUAAAUAUAGUUAAAGACAUUUCACAAGAAGCUUUUUGUGAUUUUAUAGGUUUUGUAGAAAAUAAGAGAAACCUUGAUCUUUGUGAUAAAGAAUUAAAUAGAGCAUAUCAACAUCUAAGAAAAUUUUAGGUUUAUGCAACGAAAAAUUAAAUGCUUGUUGUCAUGUAAUAUUUUAUGCAAGCUCUAAAGUAACCUCCUGUAUCUUUAUCAAUAUACUAAUUUAUCUUCUUCUUUUGCAUUGAUCACUUUACUAUUCCAGAAUUAAAUUUACCCAAUAGAGCAUUAUUUCUUAAAUUAGUACAACAAUUUCAUAUUGAACUCAAUUAAUUCUCUGAUUUAAACAAACUUAUAAAUAACUUUCAAGAUUACAUUCUAUUGAUCGAUCUAAUGUUGAAAUAUCAUGAAGAAAUUGAUCAACCAUUCAGAGAUUUAUUUUCAGAUAGAAUUCUUUAACUCUUUCUCAAAGGAGAAUUAGAAAAUAUUACAUAACGAUUCACUUAAAAAUUUAAACAUACUAAAUGA